UCAAAGUUAAAGUGGAUAGUGAAAAUGGUCAGACCACAUUUCAGAGGUUCUAUGUUUGUUUGAAAGCUUGCAAGAAUAACUUCGUCUCUUGUAGGCCCUUUAUUGGUUUGGAUGGAUGUUUUCUGAAAGGAAAGUACAAGGGGGAGUUAUUAACCGUUGUUGGUAGAGAUCCUAAUGAGCAGAUGUUACCUCUGGCAUAUAGAAUUGUGGAAGUAGAGAAUAAAGAAACUUGGACAUGGUUUUUGGAGUUGUUGAUAGAAGACCUUAGGGGCACUGAAGUAUGUAAUUCAUGCACUUUUAUGUCUGACCAACAAAAGGGUUUGUUGCCAGCUAUGUCUGAACUUUUACCUGAGGCAGAGCACAGAUUUUGCAUGCGACACUUAUAUGCAAAUUUCAGAAAAAAGAUCAGAGAGCACACCUUGAAGAAUCUGAUGUGGAAGGCUGCUACUAGUACAUACCCCCAAGCUUGGGAAAGAGAAAUGUUAAAUAUAAAGGAUGUCAAUGUAGAGGCUUACAAAUACCUAAUCGUUAUUCCCCCAAGUUGGUCUGGAGAAAAAAUGUUUGAAGUUAGGCAUUUUGCAGUGAUGACAAACAAGUUUGCAGUCAACCUGGACAGUCAAGAGUGUACCUGCAGGAAAUGGGUCAUUAGUGGCAUCCCUUGCUGCCAUGCAAUUGUAGCAAUGAGAUUCUUAAAUUUAGAUCUAGAAGAGUAUGUUCCCAUUUGGUUCAGAAGGUCCACGUAUGAUGAAACAUAUGCCUCCAUCAUAUUUCCAGUGAAUGAGCACCUUUUAUGGGAAAGAACAGCCUUCCCAGGCGUCCUCCCACCAUUUAAGAGAAAAUUACUUGGCAGACCAAAGAAAAAGAGAAGGUGCGAGAGUUGGGAGCUAAGGAGGGAUGAAACCCAAAUGACCAAAGGUGGCCACCGCAAAAAAUGCAACAUUUGUCGUAUUGUUGGGCAUAACAGAAAUUAA